CCCCGCCCGCUGCCAGGCCAAUUUCAGACCCGUCCGGUCUCCGCUGGCGGGAGCGUCACCCCCGGCAGCCCCAGGCUGCCACCCCAGGCGGCCACCCCAGGCAGCACCCGGCCUCGGCUCCCCGUCGGCGGGGUGUUCAGGUUUGCCCUAGACGUCCGCGAGCUCGCAGCCACGCCGCGCUCGCCCUUAGGACUCCUUGGCGGCCCAGACGGUAGGUCGGCGCCGGCGAGCGCGUUCUGCAUCUUGAUUAUCUCGGGCCUUGUAAGGGUCACCUCUUGUGAGAACACCUGGGAAAUCGAUCUGUGUCCAGUGCAGCGUGCGGGACGGCUGGAGGGCUGGCAGCUGGGCACCCCCGGGCAUGGGACCCCGGGUGCCUGCGCAGGGUGGGGUGCAGCCUGAGGUCACGUCCUAUGGCCACUGAGGGCUGGCGGCUCCGCUGAGGACCCCCGGCCGGUUGAAACUGGCCCGCAAAACUUUAUUUGCAGGAGUAGCUCAACAAUAAACUGAAUUGGUAAAACUGAACUUAACUAAAUAGCUUUUGUUGACAAGGCGAUUGUUAUUCAUUCUUCAUGUUUAAUCGUUAUCGCGGUUUUGCAGGCGGAAGAGGGUUGGCACCUGAAAAGUGUUUCCCUUAGACUCACAGAGAAACAUCAGGUGGCAGAGCCACAAACUAAGGCCUAGCAUCGCACCUCCUCAGUUGCGUCCGCGUUACAAAACAAACGGCUACUUGCUUUCAUGUGACUCUAUAAAAGGAGCGAAUAAACCAAUAUUCUGUGGGUCUGCAGCAUUAAGCUCUAAUAAGCUUCAAAGUCAGCAUUUGGAGGAGAGGGUGGGGCAAAAAACAAACAAACAAAACAAAACAAAACAAAACAAAAAACAACAAACCGGGAGUGAAUGGGCAGGCAGUGUUUGUGUUCCUGUUCAUUUUCUCACUGCCCUCUGGUGAUGACGCUCUUUUUCGUAACCCUAGGUUCUGGCAAAACACCCAUAGCUGUGUCCCCUUACCUACUACUGUGCCCUCUACAGUCCACUAUGGUGUCCUUACCCCUAGGUGCACUUCCUAGCGAUAUGGGAAAAGCUGUUGUGGUUCCCCUGUCUGUCACUCCUGCCCUGACCAACAGCUCUUCCAUGAGGGAACACGGUCAGAGAAGCACUAGAAAAUCAGAGAGAUGCUCCUACAACUGAACUGUCACUGGGGAAAAGGCACACUUGGGCCCCCCUCCCGUUCCCCAGUCUCCCGGGAACGUGAGUGCCACAGUUUGUAGGCACAAUAGUAGUGGGAGGGGGCUGCCUUCCAUUAGACCUUAGUGGAUUGGGUGGGGGCCGGGUGGUUUCUUUAGAAUGAGUCAUCUUUCGGACAGCUCGGGAGACGUUUUGUUCUUGGAAUGUAAGGUGUUCUGGCACUUCAUCUGCCUAUAAAACGCUGAAGAGUUUGGGAUCUGUGAUGUCUGAUACAGCCCUUCUCUGAGCAAGAUGGGGUGGUGCACUUGGGUGGCAGAGGCAGUUGAGGAUCAGAAGUUCAAGGCUUGCCUCCCUGGCCCAGAGAUUGAGACCAGCUGGGCUUGUGAGGCUGCCUGAGGCAGCGCCGCCUGGAGCAGCUGGGGGUUUGUUCGUCUGGCAGUUUCUUCCAUUUGGUUCUGUACAGGAUAAUAUCAAGACAUUCAGAUGGCCUCUGGAGAUUUCUGCUCACCUGGAGAAGGGGCGGAAAUACUGCAGCAAGGUAAGGGUAGCUCUCCGCGAAAGGCUUGGCGACUUUUCCAGGGGUCUUGUCUAGGUCUUUGCUUCUGUGAUGAAAAGGGCUCACCCCGUUUCUGAGGAAAGUGAAAUUCAGGAGAUUGAGGAGGACUUCAUUGGAGAAUCAGGUUAGACCAACUGUUCACACAGAUUCGGUAUCUGCUUCUGCAAUAGAUGCUGCGUGCCAUGCUGUAUUGGUAGUCUGUUGCCAAGGUAACGGUGGCUGGCCUGUCCAUUAAAGGCUUCUUUCCUACUUGUGUUUUCAUAUUUUUCCUGUAGCCCAGGCUAGCCUGCCUCCACCUCAUAGUUUGGAGAUUAUAAGUGUGCACCUGCCACACCUAAUUUUAUGCCCGAUAAUGAAAAUAAAAGCUUUCUUAGUCUCUAAAGUGACUUUGGAUAUAAUAGUCUAAGGAGUAAACAUCUUGGUGUUUGGUAGGUAAUGGUAAAAGCCCUGGGAGAGCGGUGGAAAAGAAGGGGCCUUGAGCAGACAGGGUAACUGGAAGCCGCUGCCCCCUUGUGAUGAUGUGCCCAUGCGGGUUCCUGAGCUCUGCUGGAGUUCUAGUGGUCAGCUGCUUUCUUCCGCCUUUCCUCAGCUUUGCUUAUGUGACUGACUGAGGUCUCUUCCACAGUUGGAGUUUGCCACGUCUCUUUCCCUCUCUUCCUCAAGAACUCUAAUGAUUCUGGCCUGGCUUGAUGUUGCAUGCCUGUGAUCCCAGCAUUUAGGUGGGUGAGGCAGGAGGAUCACAAAUUUAAAGCCAGCCUGGGGCUACAUAGAAAACCUUGGGGAAAAAAAAGGAUUCUCGUAACUUCGUAUUAAUGAGGUGUUUUGGUUACUGGUGGUUCAUACUAAAAGGUCUCUCUUUUUUUCUCUCUCUCUCUCCCCCUCCCCCCCCCUGGAGCUGGGAAGCAAACCAAGUCCUCAGCAAGCACACACUCUACCUCUACUCCUUGCAUUUCCAUUCACUUAACUCUAACGUUGGACCUGGGGCUGUAGCUGAUGGUUGAGCCUGUGCUUAAUGUGUGCAAGCCCUGGCGACCUUACUUUAUUAGAUACUCGUUUUCCUUUGAUCAAUAGCCUUAUAUAUAAAGUAAAUACUUUAAAUACUUUUAAGUAUCAUUUCUGGUUUAUUUGUGAUUUCUAUUUUGAGACAGGGUCUCGCAGUAUAACACAGGCUCCCCUGGAAGUCACGGAGCCCAAGUUGGCCUUGAGUUCCAAGUUCUCCUUCUCCUGCCUCGAUCUCCCUGAUGCUGAGAUUCCAAGUGUGUGCCACCACAUCCAAAUAUUCGCUGUUUUGUUUGUUUGUUUGUGUGAGGGCUGAAGUGGGCGAUCAGAAGACAUGUUUCAAGAGUGGGUGCUCUCCUUCACCAUGCGGUUUCCGGGGCUGGACUCAGGUGGCCAGGCUUGGUGGCAAGUGCCCUGACCAGCGAAGCCAUCUAAAUGGCUGCUGUUUGUUUUUGACAUUGUCUCCCUGUGUUGUCAGGCAGUCUUCAAUUCAAUGUCUUGGCUUUAAAGGCUGCUCCUCCCCAGUCUCCUGAGUAGCAGGGACUACAGUAUGUGUCAAGCAGUUUCCUCCCUGUGCCUUGACUGAAGAGGACCUGAUCCAGAACCCGAAUUUUAGCAAGCUAUUGCUGAGUCUCUCGCAGCACAUGGACGAAAGUGGUUUAAGCCUCACCCUGGUGAAAGAGCAGGCUCAGGCAUGGAAUGAAGUUAGGCUGCGUAAGAUGGCGUGGCUGAGGUACGAGAUUUUACAGAGAAUCAUCCAAGAGCUGCUCGUGGACUAUUAUGUGAAGGCACAGGACAAAAAUCUGACAUCGGAAGACAAAAAGUUUCAUGAGACCCUUGAACAGCGGCUGCUUGUAACCGAGCUGGCGCAGCUUUCGGGUCCCAGCCAGGAGACCGAGAUGCCCCCGCUGCUAGGGUUCGAGAAGGCCGACCUCCUGGAGCUCAUGCCACCCUCACAGGACUUCGUGUGGAUGAGAGAUCGGCUCCGGCUGGAGGUGGAGGAGCAGCUCAAGAGGAAGUGCUUUACUCUGCUGUGCUACCAUGACCCCAGUUCAGACACUGAUGGAGAAACACUGAAAGCGGCAAAGGUGUGGAAACUGCCAGAGGUCCUGGUAGGAGAGAAGCAGCAGUGCCUGGAGGCUAGGAGCCAGCAGAAGGAGCAGCUGGUGCUGCUGGAGAAGAAGAGAGCCACCUACUCCCAGGCGCUUCUCCGCUGCCUCACCCUGCUCCAGAGGCUUCUUCAGGAGCACCGGCUGAAGACGCAGUCUGAGCUAGACCGCAUCAAUGCUCAGUACCUGGAAGUCAAGUGCAGCGCUAUGAUCCUUAAAAUGAGGAUGGAGGAGGUGAAGGUUUUGUCUGACACUUACAGUGCUGAGAAAGUGGAAGUGCAUCGUCUGAUUAGGGACCGUUUGGAGGGAGCCAUUCGCUUACAAGAGCAGGACAUGGAGAAAUCGAGACUGGUCCUGAAAACCUACGAGGUCCUUGGAGAAGACUUUGAGAACCUGGUGAAGGAAUACACUCAGCUCAAACAGGCAACUGAAAACAAGCGUUGGGCUCUCCAGGAGUUUAGCAAGCCCUAACCACUGAAUUGAGUAGGCAGAGCCAAGAAGCAUGGAUUCUACAUGGCCACCCUCUCUUCCUGUUCAACAGACUACCUCUACUAUUAGGGAAUACGGGGACACUUGCCAAAACACUGCAAUCAUUAUGACACCCUCCUGGUUUCCUUGUCUACAAUGACUGGUUCUUUUCUGGGAAAUGUAGCUAUCAGAUUUAUAUAAUUUUAUGCGUAUCUGUUUGCACCAGCCCUGUGUAAUAUUAUUUCCUGAAUAAAGUAGUAAUGUUGCG